CUGUGUCGGCGCCUAUGGUGCCCGUGCUCGCUACACCAAUCACUGCUACAGCUACAAGGUCUUAUCGAUUAUUCAAAAACGUAAACGCAGUAAACUGCAACUCGUGCAACGACAACCAACACAGAACAGUCGCAUUGUGAAUAUGUAAAAAAAAUAAAGAGAAAAUGGCCAAACAAUCGCAAGUAAAAUCAAAACGUAAACUUUUAAACCCCAUUUUUCAUUUGCAAACUGAUGAAGAAGAUGAUAAUCAAUUAUCGAAUGGCAUGAUUAAAAUUGUGCGAAGAACUGGUCAAUUAAACCUUUCAGGUCGUAGUUUAGCUACAGUUCCGAAUCGCAUGUUUACAAUGUACGAAACGGAAGUCGAAAACGAGGUAGACUUGAGUAAACCAUCAGAAGAGCCUUGGUGGAGUUUUAGUCCUUUGAUUUACUUGGACCUGAGUUCAAAUGUUUUACAGAAAUUGCCGUCUGCCAUUAAGAUGUUCGAGGAUUUGACUGUGCUUAACUUACAAGACAAUUGCCUAAAGGAGUUGCCUGUCGAAAUUGGUAAUCUAAUAAAAUUAACAAAAUUGAAUCUAUGUCGCAAUAAACUUACCGCCUUGCCUAAAGAACUAUAUAAAUUAAUUGAACUGAAACAAUUAUUUAUUGCUCAUAACAAUCUGGAAGUAUUAACAGAUGACUUAGGAGACUUAAUCAUGUUAGAGCAGCUGGAUUUAUCUUAUAAUAAUUUAACCAAUUUACCUCCAGGUCUAGGAUUUUUAGCAAGACUCGUUGAAAUAAAUGUGUCUUAUAAUAAACUUGUAGAUCUCCCACCUGAGAUUACCGGCUUGAGAGUUUUAACGAAACUCGACGUGACCAAUAAUAAUUUAAAGUUGUUGCCCAAUUUUUGUGAUAUGCGACGAUUACAAUUACUUCAUGCGCAACACAACGACAUUGAAGAACUGCCCGAUUUUACAGGCUGCGAAGGGUUACAGCAAUUGCAUCUUGGCAAUAAUUUUGUUAAAAUAAUAGACGUCGACUUCUGCGAAAAUAUGACUCAUUUGAAAAUUUUAGACUUUAGAGAUAACAAAAUUGAUAAUCUUCCACACGAAAUCGCAAUGUGUCAAAAUUUAAUUCGACUGGAUUUAACUAACAACGCUUUGGAAACUCUUCCUAACAGUUUGAGUCUACUCCCACACUUGCAGAAUUUACAAGUGGAGGGAAAUAAAUUGAAGCAAAUUCGAAGUGAUGUCAUUAAAGGAGGUACAGCGCGCAUACUGAAACAUUUACGCGAAAAAUUUGAUGAGGAAAGUAAUUCGCCCGAUUACCAAUUGAAAGAAAACUACCCCUCGUUGAAUAUCUAUACAUUUCCAGACCGGUAUGUGAUGAGCCAUUGUCGCAGUCUUUCUCUAGGGAUGCAAGACUUAAAUGCGAUUCCUCAAAAAGUGUUUGAGGACGCCAAAACUGCCGAAGUGACUGUUGUUGAUUUGUGCAAAAAUAAGUUUGCCACUGUUCCUGAAGGAUUACAACUCAUCGCGAGUCAACUGACCGAGUUAAACUUAAGCUCUAAUUUAUUGAAGGCAAUUCCCGAAUUCAUUGCUGACUGUUCUAAACUACAGUAUUUGGAUGUUAGCAAAAAUAUGUUAAGUGAAUUGCCUUGUGACUUGGGCUGUCUGAAAUGGAUGCGCGAGGUUGUCAUCGCUAAUAAUAGAUUCGGGAGAAUUCCGGAAUGUGUUUACGAGAUGGAAGGAUUGGAAAUUCUUAACGCUUCAGAUAACCAAAUAUUAGAAGUUAAUGUUGACGGACUGUCGAAGCUAAAAAAGUUGGCAGUUCUGCAACUUGCCAAUAAUAGCAUAAACUUCGUUCCACCCGAGCUUGGUAAUUUAAAACAAUUACGCUCUCUGGAGUUGACGGGUAAUUCGUUCCGUCAGCCUCGUUAUUCGGUUUUGGAACAAGGUACUGAAUCAAUUCUUGCCUACCUUCGGGAUCGAAUACCGCAAUAAAUUUACCCACACCACACCCUACAGUAUUGAUGCUAGUCUUAAGAGCAGCCAUAAUUUUAAACUAAAGAUGUUAGUUUUAAGCAUAAAUGUAUAUUAUCAAAGUAUGUAUUUUUAUAAAGUAAGUGUAUAACAAAUUAACAAAACACAGUACAAAAGUUGUUGCCAUCACUGUUAGUUGUAUAGCUUUAUUCUUUAAGUGUUUUUCGUUUAUUUACGUAUGUAUUGUUUAUAUGUAAAUUGUUACAUAAAAUUGCAAAAUAUAUAAACAUUUCAUUGGCA